UCUCACACAAACCUCCCAGAGCCAGGCGGCUGUGCGGACCCAGGGGUGGUGCUCGAGUCGCUGUCCAGACAGACGGGCAGGGGCCGGGGACCGAGCCGGAGCCACAGGUUGGCAGGAGAAGGAGCCGCCUUCGCGAUGGUCGCCCUGUAGAGCAGAUCCCGCGUCAGUCCCCGCCGGAGUGGAAGCCAGCCCCGGAGUCCCAGCUCCGGGAAGGGGAAGGGGAAGGAGCCGCUGCAACCUGACACCAGCCCCUCGCGCCCGGGAAACUUCGCGAGCUGGAUUGCAAAGAAGUUGUUGCCAACAGAUCUCUCUCCACGUGUGCAGUAUCUUCAAGGUGGCUGAGUGAACAGCUGGGGGUGAAAGUUGUCAAAGGCAAAAUUAUAAAUGUUUUAUAUUGCAAAAUGCCAAGCCCAACAAGACCAUCACUAUGACCGAUGGGGACUAUGAUUACCUGAUCAAACUCCUGGCCCUUGGAGAUUCGGGGGUGGGGAAGACGACAUUUCUUUAUCGAUACACAGACAAUAAAUUCAACCCCAAGUUCAUCACAACAGUAGGAAUAGACUUUCGGGAAAAACGUGUGGUUUAUAAUACACAAGGGCCAAAUGGAUCAUCAGGGAAAGCAUUUAAGGUGCACCUUCAGCUUUGGGACACUGCAGGACAAGAGCGAUUCCGGAGCCUCACGACUGCAUUUUUCAGAGAUGCCAUGGGUUUCUUAUUAAUGUUUGACCUCACCAGUCAACAGAGCUUCUUAAAUGUCAGAAACUGGAUGAGCCAACUGCAAGCAAAUGCUUAUUGUGAAAAUCCAGAUAUAGUAUUAAUUGGCAACAAGGCAGACUUACCAGACCAAAGGGAAGUCAAUGAACGGCAAGCCCGGGACCUGGCUGACAAAUACAGCAUACCCUAUUUUGAAACAAGUGCGGCAACUGGCCAAGAUGUGGAGAAAGCUGUGGAAACUCUUCUGGACUUAAUAAUGAAGCGAAUGGAACAGUGUGUAGAGAAGACACAAGUCCCCGACUCUGUCAAUGGUGGAAACUCUGGGAAGCUCGAUGGGGAGAAACCAGCAGAGAAGAAAUGCACCUGCUAGACCUCACCCAGGAACUCAUCACCCAGAUCCCGCCCAAAUAUUAUUACUUCCCCAAUCAGCGACUGACCACACAAUUGUUGGGUGGACCAGGCAUAAUGGCAUAUCUUUCUUUUUCUGCCAGAAAAUGUAUUUUAAGAAACCAGAAUAGUUAGCAGAUUCAAAAGAAUCAACCAGUUUUUUCUGAGGCCCCUUCAAACGAGAUAGAUUUCUAAUGUAAUCUCACCAUUGUGGACACGCCAUUUGUUGUGAUUUAUAUUUUGUUUGUUUUUUAUAAAGAAGACAAAUGUGUAAGGAAGUCCACACCAUGAAAUAACAGGGAGCUGUAAAUGAGAACAAAAAUUACCCUGUCGCAGUGGAGGAAGAAAUAGGCUACCAGAGGGAGAACAUAGAAAUUUGAAUUUUUU